AUGUCUUUAGCGAUACCCCAGGCCUCCCAGGCCGGGCUGUUCAAGCCUGGCUACAGCAGCUAUGACGCCGAAGAUGGCGCCGUUAUUCGAAACAUCGAUGCAUGCAGAACGAUUGCCCAGACCGUUCAAACCUCACUAGGCCCGUAUGGCCGCAACAAAAUUGUCAUCAAUCAUCUGUCCAAGAUGAUUCUAACUUCAGAUGCCGCGACAAUCCUUCGCGAACUGGAUGUGGUCCACCCCGCCGCAAAGCUACUGGUCAUGGCCAGUCAACAGCAAGAGGCGGAGAUGGGAGAUGGAACAAACAUGGUCAUAAUCCUGGCCGGAGAGCUGCUUAAGAAAGCUGAGGAGUUAAUAAGGAUGGGUCUUAAGACGAGUGAUAUCGUGUCUGGAUAUGAGAAGGCACAGGCCUACGCACUGAAAUGCCUAGAAGAUUUAGAAGUCGACACCGUCUCCGAUGUCCGCUCUGCCGACGAACUUUGCAAAGCCCUCCGCACUGUUGUUGCUUCGAAGCAAUCCGGCUCCGAAGACCUCAUUUCGCAGUUAAUCGCUCAGGCCGUGCUGGCAGUCCUACCCAAAAAUCCCGCAAACUUCAACGUUGACAAUAUCCGCGUGGUGAAAAUCAUGGGCGGGGACCUCUCGUCCUCUCAGGUUGUCAAGGGCAUGGUCUUCGGCCGCGAGCCUGAGGGGCUGGUGAAACGGGCGAAGAAAGCAAAAGUUGCAGUGUUCUCAUGCCCGAUUGAUAUCUCCCAAACCGAAACAAAGGGAACUGUUCUACUGAAAAAUGCAAAGGAAAUGAUGGCCUUCUCCAAAGGUGAGGAAGCACAGCUCGAAAAUGCCAUCCGAGAAAUCUACGAUACGGGUGUCCGCGUGUGUGUUGCUGGCGCGACCGUGGGAGAGCUAGCCAUGCAUUACCUCAACCGAAUGGGCAUCCUCGUGGUCAAAAUUAUGUCGAAAUUCGAACUCCGACGUCUGUGCAGCGUGUGCAACGCCACUCCUCUGGCCCGUCUGGGACCACCCAUGCCUGAUGAGAUGGGCAGUAUCGAUGUCGUAGAAACUACUGAAAUUGGUGGGGACAGAGUGACCGUCUUCCGCCAGGAGUCUGACACCGCAACAACACGCACGGCGACCAUCGUGCUGAGAGGCGCAACACAGAACCAUCUCGACGACGUGGAGCGCGCGAUUGACGACGGCGUCAACGUCAUAAAAGCAGUCACAAAGGACCCCCGACUUGUUCCAGGCGCAGGCGCAACGGAAAUGCAACUUGUGGAGAGAAUUAGUCACUUCGCUGAUAAAACGCCAGGUUUGCCGCAGUACGCUAUUAGGAAAUACGCGGAGGCAUUCGAAGUGAUCCCGAGAACGUUGGCAGAGAGUGCCGGAUCGGAUGCUACAGAAGUGGUGGCAAGGCUGUACACAGCGCACCAACGCCGGGUAGGUUCCAGUGACGAGGCGAAGCGCCCUAGUCAAACGAAAGACGAACAAGAAGAAAGCGACGAUGAUGAAGACGACGCUGAGGACGAGGACGACGAAUCCGGAGAAUCUGACGAAUCGGAAGAACCCUACUGGACGACCGGCAUUGACCUGGAAGUAGCCGACGCGUCCGGCGUCCUGGAUGCCCUGGAAGAAGGCAUCUUGGACUUGAUGGUGACCAAGUCCUGGGCGAUACGGUUGGCCACGGAGGCGGCAAGGACGGUCCUGAGCGUAGAUCAGAUCAUCGUCGCGAGGCAAGCUGGUGGGCCGAAACCACCUGGGCCGAACCCGAAUUGGGACGAGGAUUGA